GCCCGCAGCUGCGUCGAGCUCGCCGCGGACCCAAGAUGGCGGCGUGUGGACGUGUACGGAGGAUGUUCCGCUUGUCGGCGGCGCUGCAGCUGCUGCUGCUCGCGGCGGCCGGGGCCCAGAAACUCCCGGGCCCGGGCGGCCACAGUCAGGGCCAGGGCCCGGGGGCCAACUUUGUGUCCUUCGUAGGGCAGGCUGGAGGCGGCGGGCCGGUAGGUCAGCAGCUGCUCCAGCUGCCUCAGUCAUCUCAGCUCCAGCAGCAGCAGCAGCAGCAGCAGCAACAGCAACAGCAACAGCAGCAGCAGCAGCAACAACCGCCUCAGCAGCCGCAGCCGCCUUUCCCGGCAGGUGGGCCUCCACCCCGGCGAGGCGGAGCGGGGCCCGGCGGGGGCUGGAAACUGGCGGAGGAAGAGUCCUGCAGGGAGGACGUGACCCGUGUGUGUCCCAAGCACACCUGGAGCAACAACCUGGCGGUGCUUGAGUGCCUGCAGGACGUGAGGGAGCCUGAAAAUGAAAUUUCUUCAGACUGUAAUCAUUUGUUGUGGAAUUAUAAGCUCAACCUAACUACAGAUCCCAAAUUUGAAUCUGUGGCCAGAGAGGUUUGCAAAUCUACCAUAUCAGAGAUUAAAGAAUGUGCUGAUGAACCAGUAGGAAAAGGUUACUUGGUUUCCUGCCUGGUGGAUCACCGAGGCAACAUCACUGAGUACCAGUGUCACCAAUACAUCACCAAGAUGACAGCUAUCAUAUUCAGUGAUUACCGUCUAAUCUGUGGCUUCAUGGAUGACUGCAAAAAUGACAUCAACAUUCUGAAAUGUGGCAGCAUUCGGCUCGGAGAAAAGGAUGCACAUUCACAAGGUGAGGUGGUAUCAUGCUUGGAAAAAGGCCUAGUGAAGGAAGCAGAAGAAAGAGAUCCCAAGAUUCAAGUCUCUGAACUAUGCAAGAAAGCCAUUCUUCGGGUGGCUGAGCUGUCCUCAGAUGACUUUCAUUUAGACCGGCAUUUAUAUUUUGCUUGUCGAGAUGAUCGGGAGCGUUUUUGUGAAAAUACACAGGCUGGGGAAGGCAGAGUGUAUAAGUGCCUCUUCAAUCAUAAAUUUGAAGAAUCCAUGAGUGAAAAGUGUCGAGAAGCACUAACAACCCGCCAAAAGCUGAUUGCCCAAGAUUAUAAGGUCAGUUAUUCAUUGGCCAAAUCCUGUAAGAGUGACUUGAAAAAAUACCGGUGCAACGUGGAAAACCUUCCCCGGUCCCGGGAAGCCAGGCUGUCCUAUCUUCUGAUGUGUCUGGAAUCAGCUGUGCAUAGAGGCCGACAAGUGAGCAGUGAGUGCCAGGGAGAGAUGUUAGAUUACCGACGCAUGUUGAUGGAAGAUUUUUCUUUGAGCCCUGAGAUCAUCCUGAGCUGUCGGGGGGAGAUUGAACACCACUGUUCUGGAUUACAUCGAAAAGGGCGAACCCUGCAUUGUCUGAUGAAAGUAGUUCGGGGGGAGAAAGGGAACCUUGGAAUGAACUGCCAGCAGGCGCUUCAAACACUGAUUCAGGAGACUGACCCUGGUGCAGAUUACCGCAUUGAUAGAGCUUUGAAUGAAGCUUGUGAAUCUGUAAUACAGACAGCCUGCAAACACAUAAGAUCCGGAGACCCAAUGAUCCUCUCGUGCCUGAUGGAACAUUUAUACACAGAGAAGAUGGUGGAAGACUGUGAACACCGUCUGUUAGAGCUACAGUAUUUCAUCUCCCGAGAUUGGAAGCUGGACCCUGUCUUAUACCGCAAGUGCCAGGGAGAUGCAUCUCGUCUCUGCCACACCCACGGUUGGAAUGAAACCAGUGAACUUAUACCUCCCGGAGCUGUGUUUUCUUGCUUAUAUAGACAUGCUUACCGCACUGAGGAACAGGGCAGGAGGCUGUCACGGGAGUGCCGAGCUGAAGUCCAAAGGAUCCUCCACCAACGUGCCAUGGAUGUUAAGCUGGAUCCUGCCCUCCAGGAUAAGUGCCUGAUUGAUCUGGGGAAAUGGUGCAGUGAAAAAACAGAGUCUGGACAGGAGCUUGAGUGCCUCCAGGACCAUCUUGAUGACUUGGCUGUAGAGUGCAGAGAUAUAGUCAGCAACCUCACCGAGUUAGAGUCUGAGGAUAUUCAAAUAGAAGCCUUGCUGAUGAGAGCCUGUGAGCCCAUAAUUCAGAACUUUUGCCACGAUGUGGCAGAUAACCAGAUAGACUCUGGGGACCUGAUGGAGUGUCUGAUACAGAACAAACACCAGAAGGACAUGAAUGAAAAGUGUGCCAUUGGAGUCACCCAUUUCCAGCUGGUGCAGAUGAAGGAUUUUCGGUUCUCCUACAAGUUUAAAAUGGCCUGCAAGGAAGAUGUGUUGAAACUUUGCCCCAACAUAAAGAAGAAAGUGGACGUGGUGAUCUGCUUGAGCACCACCGUGCGCAACGACACCCUGCAGGAAGCCAAGGAGCACCGGGUGUCCCUGAAGUGCCGCAAGCAGCUGCGUGUGGAGGAGCUGGAGAUGACAGAAGACAUCCGUCUGGAACCAGAUCUGCAUGAGGCCUGUAAGAGUGACAUCAAGAACUAUUGUUCCACAGUGCAAUAUGGCAAUGCUCAGAUUAUUGAAUGUCUGAAAGAAAACAAGAAGCAGCUAAGUACCCGUUGCCACCAGAAAGUUUUUAAGCUGCAGGAGACAGAAAUGAUGGACCCAGAGCUAGAUUAUACGCUCAUGAGAGUCUGCAAACAGAUGAUAAAGAGGUUCUGUCCAGAAGCAGAUUCCAAAACCAUGCUGCAAUGCCUGAAGCAAAAUAAAAACAGUGAAUUAAUGGAUCCCAAAUGCAAACAGAUGAUAACCAAACGUCAGAUUACCCAGAACACAGAUUACCGCUUAAACCCUGUGCUGAGGAAAGCCUGUAAAGCUGACAUUCCUAAAUUCUGUCACGGUAUCCUGACUAAGGCCAAGGAUGAUUCGGAGCUAGAAGGUCAAGUCAUCUCUUGCCUCAAGCUGAGAUAUGCUGACCAGCGCCUCUCUUCAGACUGCGAAGACCAGAUCCAGAUCAUUAUCCAGGAAUCUGCUCUGGAUUACCGACUCGAUCCUCAGCUCCAGCUACACUGCUCAGAUGAGAUCUCCAAUCUAUGUGCUGAGGAAGCAGCAGCCCAGGAGCAGACAGGUCAAGUAGAGGAGUGUCUCAAAGUUAACCUGCUCAAAAUCAAAACGGAAAUGUGUAAAAGGGAAGUGUUAAACAUGCUGAAAGAAAGCAAAGCAGACAUCUUUGUGGACCCAGUUCUUCAUACAGCUUGUGCCCUGGACAUUAAACACCACUGUGCUGCCAUAACCCCUGGCCGAGGGCGUCAAAUGUCCUGCCUCAUGGAGGCCCUGGAGGAUAAGCGGGUGAGGCUACAACCUGAGUGCAAAAAACGCCUCAAUGACCGGAUUGAAAUGUGGAGUUAUGCAGCAAAGGUGGCCCCAGCAGAUGGCUUCUCUGACCUCGCCAUGCAAGUGAUGACAUCCCCAUCAAAGAACUACAUUCUCUCUGUGAUCAGUGGGAGCAUCUGUAUAUUGUUCCUGAUCGGCCUGAUGUGUGGACGUAUCACCAAACGAGUGACACGUGAGCUCAAGGACAGGUAGAGCCACCUUCACCACCAAAGGAACCACCUGUCCAGUGCCCAGUUUGUACAGCCCUCCUGUAUAGCAUACCCACUCACUUCGUCCUUCUCAGAGGUGGCACCAACACCCAUGGUAGAGCAGCAGCAGGUAUGCACUGCAUUGUCCCAUCUCAGACUCGCCCGUGUCCGUGGUGUCUCCCUCCCUUCGAUCAUCUGUGCAGCGUCCGCAGCUGGCCACUUGGGUUAUCGCCUUUGUUGGCAAACUUGGGUUUACCUGCCUGUAGAAAAGUCUCUCUCAUACCAAUGGAACAACCAGUACUUCCAGAAUCAACUCACCUGACCUGCAACUCAAAUGAAUUUUUAAAAAACAAAAACAAAAACAAAAAAAACCACCAAAAAAAGGAAAUUUUUAAAGAAAGAAAAAAAUGUAUAUAGUAACACAUCUCCUCCAGGCUUGAUUUGGGCAGUGGGGUUAUUUCUUCUGUAUGACUGUGUAAAACGAAGGCAGGACAUUAGAGGGGAAACAUACCACCCAAUAUGCUAUAACUGGGAUGUGUUGCUCAUUUCUCAAAAGCACCUUUGGGUCAUGCUGUGCCAUGGACUUCACCAGCCUGCUUUGGGUCCUCUUUUCUUCUGCUGAAACGUGAUGCCUUCUAGUUCCCGCCCUAAUAGAGCCACUGCUGGUCAAGAUCCCAAGGCCAUGGGUAUUUCUGUGAUCUCCUGACCUCAGUGAAAUAAAGCGUGAGCCUCCUUAGGCCAAGGGCAGACAGGUUGGGGAGGAGAACCAAAAGUGUGUGACGCUGGUCAGUCCACUGAUGUGCAUCGAGAGGCUGGCCCCUGAGUCCCCGGGCAGCAGGGUCCCAGGCCAGUGCAGGGCUCAGUGGCAGUGGGUGGGAAUGACCCUGCUGGGGUAGCAGUAGCUCCAGACGUCCUACCAGGAGGAAGUGACUGGCAGGGAGGAGACUCAGGGCAGGAAGGAGGAGCAAGGGAUUGAUUCACUUUGCUUUAUUUUUCAGGCAACAAUGCAGGUCAAAGAUAAUGGCUUAUAAAGAUUUAGCAUGGUCUCGGUAUGAUUGGCAGUCCCACCUGACCUUUCUGCAGGCCCAAGGCCACCUUCCCAGACAAACUCUUUUCUGCCUCUACAUGGAGAGGGCAUGGAAAGUUACUACAUUAAAACAUGGAGGAUUUUCUCCGUUUUUUUGGGUUUUUUUUUUUUCCCCCUUUCUGUCCGUUUGCUUCAUACACCCACUGUUGGAGGCAUUGGCUAAAUGUUGUACUUUGGUGAUUCAUCAGUCUUUCCAGAGUCUGAGCUUAAUGGAAGCAACAUUCCUGGCAAUCCUCCCUCGGCCUCCAGUGUGGAGGUGACAGGCUCGGAGUAUAAAGAGGGAGGAGUGCAGGCAUCCUGGUUCUACCUGGCACACCUGGUCUUGAGUUUGGGGCAGAGUCACAGUGGCUGCACAAGAGGGCGGUGUGUACAGUAGCCGUUAUAUUUAUAUAAUAUAUAUUUUAUUAACCUGUUAGAUGUCCACAAAGUAUUAUAAAUCAUGUGCCUAAAACUGUCUGCAUAGACCAUGGCGCCCUUCCUUGCCCUGUCCCUCCUUUGCCACCGUCCUUGCUGUGCCGCCGGACCUACGUAACGUUUUUCUUUCCUGAAAUGUGUUCAAUACAAAGUGCGUCAGUUUGUGGAUCAGUUGAUCCAAAGUACUCCUUGUCUAACCUGACUGAUGUAUAUUUGAAUACUGUGGUUUUUCUUUUUCUUUCUUUUCUCUUUGCUGCCCUUCCUGGAGGCAGUGGGUUCUAGAAACCAGCUGUAUAUCCCCGCUGCCUAGAGUACUGCACGCCACAAGGGGAGCCACUAAGUUGUUAGUCCCCUCAGUCCUGCUGUUAGGGUCUUCCUGAUUCUCAGCAGCUGCCCUGGGAUUCUUCAGUCCCAUAAAACUUGAAACUUGGAGUCCGAGCAGCACCCCCCACCACCACCGCUGUGGGAACUGAACUGAGCUGGUCCCGGCAGUCCACCUCCAGGGUUCCCACCUGGGUGGUGUGAACUACUGUGGCUUGGGGUUGAGAAGCAGGGAUGUUCUCUAAAUGCAGGCCCCCACUGAGGUGUCGGGUGUGGUUCACAGGAUAGGAGUAAUGUUCACCCUUUGACGACGGGGGGUGGGGGGGUACCAUUCUCAUCUCUGCAGUCUCCCUCUAAUAUAGGUAAAACUUCAUAGUUUAGUCUCGAUAUUUCUGUCCUUUCUUAACUGAGAAAAAAUCCCAUUCAUUGUCUGCAGCAAAUCUGAAAGUUUGGAAAGGAGUUUGAUUCUUGAAACAUUUGUCACUUUUAGAAAUGGUCAGAAUAGAAGAGAUAACUAACUACCAGUAUCUUCAAUUGCUUGUUGCCAGAAAGCCUUUCCCCAUCCUACUUGGAAUAGUUUUAUAUGACUGGUUCUUGAGAGUCCAAGCAGUGUCCUGAGCAGUUUUCUACGUCCAAGAGUUCCCACACCAUCUGAACCUGCAGCCCACGGUAUCUAUUCUGCACUGCAUUAGGUACAGCAAAACAGGUACUGGGGCACCUCUGCUCAUAGGCCUCAUGGUUCAGCCAUGAGUAAAUCCGUAGUCAAGAACUAGUCAAGAAGAAGAAACCACGGCCCAAGUAGAGGAGCUGAUGACAGACUUUGGCAUUUAUCUCUUCUCUAAGCAGCAGGUAGAGUUUUUUGCCAGGGCUAAGGCUCAGACACUUGCUGGAAAUCACAGUAGCCAGGUGACACCCCUGGCCGUUUAGCUGCCCCCAGUGUCUCAGGGACCCCACUUCAGAGUGCUCCACAACACUCCAGAGGCCCCAGGAGGUCGGUCUCCUGGGCUGGAGGCACUGCGUGUGAGAAAUCAGAGAUCUGGCCCAAAUGUAAGGGACGAGACUGACUGCUCCCUGUCCCAGAGCAUGUCCCGUAGAUGGAGGCUCUGGGAGUGAGACUACCGUGGUGCGUCCCUGGCCUUCCUCUACUAUCGCUCUGUCUCAAGAGAAGCCUGCUGGCAAGAGGCACCAAGAUGGGAGCCGUGGCAAAGGCGUGAGUCCUCUGCAUUCCCUGGAGGCCCUCUGCCAGUUCUGUGGAUCCACUCAGCUCGUUCUGAGCCAGUGCGUCCUUAAAAACGAGGGGAAUUCUAGUAUUUAGUGAGCAGGUGUUGGCUUGAAUUCGCUGCAGGCCUUUGGCGAUCUCACAUCCUGCACUUACUCUUCUGGGGGACAGUGAGUGGUUCUGCCAGUGGGGAGAGGGACAUUCUGCUUUCCUAGAAGAUGCAACAGAAAAUUACGAUGAGGUCUCAUCUCUUCCCAUUUCCUGCGAUCAUGUAAUAGAAGAAUCCAGUGGUAAAGAGGCCUGUAGCGUCCAUUUACAUUUUAUUGGACAAAAUGAAAAGGGAGUUAUAUGCUGACUUCCUCUGCCUUUCCAAGAGAAGACUUCUGGAAAUGUCUCCCAUCUUCCCCACCUCCAGGCUGUGAUACUACUUCUAGCCCAAAGAUCCCCUCUAUAGUGAGUCAUCGGGGAGUUAGAUUGCUUCGUGGGGCCUCCUUUCUUAGCUGGCCUCAACCUCCUCUGAGAAAAGACCUUUGCCUCCCAUUUCUUCCUGCCCCCACCAAAAAACAAAUGUUCUUUGCAUAUAACUUAUGCUGAGUAAUCAGAUAUGGAGAAGGAAGCUAGAAUAGGGACCCUUGGUAGCCAGCCAGCCCAGCCUGACACAUUCAACCUAAAUUUUGGCCAUUGAACAAAAAGAAGUAUAUGGCUUUUUGAAUGAUGUGCAUUUUGGUAUGUUUACUUGUAUUUCAGAUUCUUGUGAAUGUGAAAAACCUCAAAAAUCCCUUUUGUUUCUCACCGUUUGGACAGCACCUAAGUGGUUCUGUAAAAAGCAGCACUCCUGUGCCCUGGGUUUCUCCCGGGCCUUUAGGGACAUGCCUCACCCCGGUCACCUCCUCCACACUGGUCUUUGAUCCCAAAGGUCCUGGGCCCAGAGCUGCUGUUCUGGCCUGCUUCGCUCUCUCGUUUGUCUUUGGCUGGCCGCCUCUCUCCACUCCUCGUGGUCCACCUCUCCGCUAGGACCAGAGUCCCACGUUAGGGCCAUCAGGUGUAAAGCCGAAUCCCCCUUCCUGCCCAGAUUUCAGACAGCAGAUAAGUCAUUAGCAAACCCAGACCCACUCUUCAGAGUGACAGGUUCCCCCCAAGCCAUCUGGUGAGAUCACUGUGGAGACCCAGUGCUUACACUGGGAGCACCGGUGUGGGACAGUCUGCUCGGGCUGGUGGUGACAGGAUCCUGACAGUGCUUUCCCCUCCUUCCCCCUUCCCACGUUCCACCACAGUGCACAGGCAGGGACAUUGGCAUACGUGCAGUGGAGAAACCUCAGAGAGUGCCUCUAUGUUCUGUUUUUGCCUUCUGCUAACGGGGAAUUGACAUGUGUACCCAGAGCCCAGUAGGCCCUAUGCCAGACAUACUAGGCCAGGGUGGGUGGAACAGGUCCCCUGGUCAGAUGGCAGGGCGCUGGAUGGAGCAGCUUCUCCCAGCAGUGUUCCCAGGUCAGUCCGAGAAGGAAAACAGACUGCGCAGCAGACACUGUGUGAGAUCUUAGGCCUUUCCCUUUUUUUUAAGAAAGAA